AUGGCUCACCAAGAAAUUGCAACCAGACAUAAACAACGGAGACUUCCAUCGCAAAUCGACUGGAUCUCGCAUGUUCAUCAUCUUCAUCUGAUUGCCUAUAACAACGAUUGUACUAAGCAAUUACCAAAUGGUAAACUUGUCGAUAAAAGUUGCCGACGUUUAAGAAUAAAACAACGUCGAAAACACCGUUCAGUUAAUUUGCUCGAAUCAAUAAGAAAUCCUUCAACGUUUGCUCCUUCGAUCGAUCUGGCAAAAGCCGUAGUUCGUCAACGUGAUUUUCUUGAAAAAUUUAAGCAACAUAGGCUUUUUUCAAUGGAUCUACGACUAUUGAAUCGAAACUUAUUUAAACAAAUGGUACAAAAUUAUAUUUCAUUUUUAAAACUAGCAAAAUGGAUGAAACCAUUGUACCAACAUUCAACAUUGAUUUGA